AUGUCGCCGGCUCGUCGCGCCCUUAUUGCUAUCACCUCCGCUCACGCCCCCCUCUAUCCGGAAGGCAAGGAGACUGGUCUCUUUAUUACUGAAGCCCUGCAUCCCUUCGAGGUCUUCCGUAAAGCCGGUUUCGAGGUUGACCUGGUUUCCGAAACAGGAACCUACCAGCCCGAUUGGCUCUCACAGCGGAAGGAUUGGCUAAACGAUAAAGACCGCGCCGUGUGGGAGGACCACUCGAGUGAAUUCCGCUCCAAGCUUGACAACCUGCUGAAGCCGAGCGAUAUUGAUCCAGAAAAGAUCAUAGUAUGGACUCUUCUUUGCUUCGGCUGGACAUGCGUCUUUGAUCGACUACCCGGACGCCAAGGGUCUGCAAGCAAUCGCUUCCAAAAUCUUUACCUCGGGCGCUGUCACGGCGGCGCCAUCUUCCCCGGCGUUAUAGAUCCUAGUACCAACAAGUCUAUCAUCGAUUCUCGCAGAGUGACGGGCUUCACCACUCGCGGCGAAGAAGAGGAAAACGUACUCGACACCAUCAAGAGCUGGAAUAGGCCGACUAUUGAGGCUUCCGCAGCCAGUUGUGGGGCCACUUAUGUCUCUCCCCCGGGACCAUGGGACGCAUUUACCAUUACAGAUGGGCGCGUCGUGACAGGUGCCAACCCUGCUAGUGCCCAUGUCACUGCCGAAGCCGCCGUGACCGCCUUCGACAAGCUCUAA